GUCAGUCGGCUGUUUCAAACCCGAAGCUGCGCGAUGAAAAGUUGAAGUGUUUUUCUUUUUUUUAAAAAAAAAAAGCGGCAGCGGAGUCACACACAGAAGAGUUUUGACGGACUCAUUCACGCUGUUGGUUCGGUCGCGAUGGGACUCCCCACUCUGGAGUUCAGUGACUCCUUCCUGGACAGUCCGGACUUCAGAGAGCGGAUCAAAUGCCAUGAGAUAGAACUGGAACGCACCAACAAGUUCAUCAAAGAGCUCAUCAAGGAUGGCAACAUGCUCAUCACUGCGCUCAAGAAUCUUUCGGCCGCUGUCCAGAAGUUCUCGCAGUCCUUGCAGGAAUUCCAGUUUGAGUGCAUAGGCGAUGCGGAGACGGAUGACGAGGUGAACAUUGCGCAAUCAUUCAAAGAGUUCUCCCAGCUGCUGAGCACUAUGGAAGAAGAAAGAAGACGCCUGAUUCAGAAUGCAGAUGAUGUUUUGAUUACACCCCUGGAAAAGUUCCGGAAGGAACAGAUUGGCGCAGCAAAGGAAGGGAAGAAGAAAUUCGAUAAGGAAACGGAGAAGUACUACUCCACACUGGAGAGACACCUCAGCUUGUCAUCCAAAAAGAAGGAGGCGUAUCUGCAGGAGGCUGACACGCAGAUUGAUAAGGAGAGGCAACUGUUUUACGACGCGUCCCUCGAGUACGUUUUCAAAAUACAAGAAGUGCAGGAAAAGAAGAAGUUUGAGUUUGUCGAGCCGCUCGUCGCCUUUCUUCAGGGUCUGUUUACAUUCUACCAUGAAGGAUAUGAGCUGGCUCACGAAUUCGAGCCGUACAAACAGCAGCUUCAGUUCAACCUACAGAACACUCGGAACAACUUUGUGAGCACCAAGCAGGAAGUGGAGAAGUUGAUGGAGAGGAUAAGGUCUGCUGAUCAGGACUAUAAACCCCCAGGCCAGUGGACGAUGGAGGGCUUCCUGUACGUCCAAGAGAAACGUCCUCUGGGCUGCACGUGGAUACGUCACUACUGCACGUACGAGAAAAGCAGCAAGACCUUCACCAUGAGCAACACGGAACACAAGUCGGCUGGCAAACAGAACGGUCUCGUCCUCAGCCAGCCCGAGGUGUUUAAACUCAAGUCCUGCAUUCGGAGGAAAACGGAUUCCAUCGACAAGCGUUUCUGCUUUGACAUUGAAGUCGUGGAGAGAAAUGACAUCUGUCGUGGAACUCUUUUCAGACCACUCCGAUUUUUCUGUAAAGUCCGGCAUGGCGUUAUGACGUUGCAGGCGCUGUCAGAGCCUAACAGGAGACUGUGGCUGGAGGCCAUGGACGGCAAGGAGCCGAUUUACAACCUACCAGCCAUAUUAAGCAAAAGGGAAGAGACGUUCCUUAAUGAGGCGGGAUUCAACUUUGUGAGGCGCUGCAUUGACCUGGUGGAAACGAGAAGUAUAAAUACGAUGGGAUUGUACAGGAUUGGAGGGGUCAACUCCAAAGUACAGAGGCUGAUGACCACCGUCUUCUCAUCCAAGGCACCUGUGGACAUGGACCUGGAUCCAGAGACGUGGGACAACAAAACCAUCACCAGUGGUCUGAAGAAUUACUUCAGGUGCCUCUCUGAGCCUCUAAUGACCUUUAGGCUCCACAAAGAGUUUAUCAUGGCUGCCAAGUCGGACGACCAAAACUACAGGGUGUGUGCCGUCCACACUCUGGUUCAUAAGCUGCCUGAGAGGAACAAGGAAAUGCUGGAGCAGCUAAUAAAACACCUUGUCACGGUCUCCACACAAAACCAGCACAAUCUGAUGACGGUGUCCAACCUGGGUGUCAUCUUUGGACCCACCUUGAUGCGAUCACAAGAGGAGACUGUGGCCGCGAUGAUGAACAUCAAGUUCCAGAACAUUGUGGUGGAGAUACUCAUUGAAAACUUUAAUAAGAUCUUCCGCCAGCCUCCGGAUCCGAAUGUGCCCCUCCCCCAACCACAGAGCCGACCUGGCUCGCGCAGGAGCAGGGCCAUCUGUCUGUCCGCGGGGCCCAGGAAGCCCCGCAGCCUUUACACUCCAACGCUGUGUUUGGCAGAUGCAGAAAGUCCCUGCAUAGGCGACACCGUCAGCAGCAGUGCGAGCAGCACCCCCAUGGGCAGCAUGGAGUCUCUGUCCUCCCACUCCUCUGAACAAAAUACCUCCUCCAAGACAGCCUCAUCCGCUCAGGCCAAGGAGAAGUCGCUCCUGGACCUGCGUCGAUCGCCGUCAAAGCUCUCGAAUGGCCCCAGGACCACAGUGUGCCUCAGCAGCCCGGAGUCCAGCUCCAGGGAGUCGGAGGAUGCGCUUAGCGUUUCCUCCGUCACCACCGCACCCAGGCUGUCGCCUGCGCCCAAGAAAGCCCCACACUUCCGUCCUGACCUCAGGCCAGUUCAGCUGAACCGUUCAUCGGCUCCCUCUCUGAAAUCACUGCUGAAUUCUGAAGUGGAAAGGAGUUAUUGCCUGUUACGUCUCCCUCCAGGCCACCAGAGCUGCUCUGGAUCUGUCCAAAGUCUGUCAUCGAUGGAGGCCAAAGAGAGCUCGAAGCCCGCCGAGCACCCAGACCUGCCGCCCAAACAAGUGAUCCGCCGCAAGCUGGACACCUCGGCUACCAACGGCUACCAAAGACCUGGCUCAGUGGUUGCAGCCAGAGCACAGCUGUUCGAAAACGCCACACAGUCCAAUCCCGUUGGAAGAGACGCCAAGGCGAUGUAUUCCUGUGAGGCCGAACACAGCCACGAGCUCAGCUUCCCACAGGGGGCGCACUUUACAAAUGUCUACCCUUCUGUUGAACCAGGCUGGCUCCAAGCAACAUACGACGGGAGAACCGGUUUAAUCCCGGAGAAUUAUGUUGUCUUCCUCUAACAGGUGGUAAACAUCGCAUCUUUUUCAUGGUAUCCAUGGAAAGAAAAAACCCCAAAAACAACAAUUCAGAUGCGAUUUGUUUGUUUGUACUGUUGUAACCAACAUGUAGGUAUUCUUCGCAGAUAACACAGGGCAAUCGACUGCUUUCAUGGGUUUAAUGUGUGUGAAUUAUCGACUGCACUGAUGUAUUUAGUUUCAUUUUCCAAAAAAACAACCACAUGCAAUUUCCACAGGUUUUAUUCCAGUCCAAAAAAACAUUCCAUUUUAAAUUCCCAACAUAUCAAAGGAACACUUUUUUUUCCACCAAGCUGCAGUUUCAUGAACAUUUGAAUUAACUGUAAUGGAACAAACUGUGAUUUUUUUUUUUUUAUUAAAAGAAAGGAUACGAAUCUAAAUCUAUGAGAGACAGAGGAAAAAAAGCAAUGUGGUUAUGCACCUUAACUUUCAUACUCAUGUGACAGCUGUGUCGCCUACAAAUAAGGCUCCCCACACAACUGAGUACAAAUGACGUUAUUUCAUAGUGUCCGUGGCGACAUUUCUUUAUUGUAGACACAGUGUGUAAACUGUGGUCACGUUUGGGCUAAGGAUAAGACAACAGAUGAUUUUAUUGUAAAAAAAAAUCACCAAUAUUACACAUGAGUGGCAUGAAAAUGAGUGCUUAUGUUUUAUUUUGAAGGGUCAUCCCAGGACGUUAGGAUUUAUGACUUAUGAUUUAUUACUUUUGGAAGUCUGGAAAAUACGUAUAUCUUUGUUCUCUAAAGCUUUUUCGGAGCCAUUUUUAAAAGCAGUUACAGUGAUUGACAAAUUUAUUAGACCACCUGUCGAAAAAACUGUUAUUUAUUUGGCAAAUAACAAACUGAAGUCACCUUUUCAUACCCAAUAUUUGAGCCGGCUCACUGGGUUUCUCUGAAAAAUGAAUUACAUUACAUUACAUGUCAUUUAGCAGUCGCUUUUAUCCAAAGCGACUUACAAGGGAAUUGAGUACAACCUGCCAGGGGUGGGGUUGAACUUGCGACCAUGAUGUCUUUUGCACACAGGGUACCGGACUUAACCACUGAGCUACUCCACCCCCAGUUGAGCAUAACAUAAUUCUACAUACUGGUGUAUUAACCAUUACAUAAACAGUAAAAAAAAAAAGAUGCGGCUUUGGAUGCUGGUUUAAUACAUUUGUUAAGCACUGUAGAUUUUUGAAUAAUCGUGAUAUGAGAUUUUCAUGCUGUCCCAUGUCUACUUCAGGUACAAAAAGCACCUGAUUAAGCCAAAUAUUUCUGUAUUUUCUGUGGUCGUCUGCUCGCUUUGACAUCGCCGCCGCAAAAUCAUAGGUUCCAUAUGAAAUGUAAUUGCCAUUUAUAGUUCAGUUGUGUGGGAACGGUCAUUCUUGAGCUACACGUGAACUGUCAAAACAAUGUUUCUGUGUAUUACGAUAAAUGAUCGCGUCAGAUAUAUGCCAUAUGGGGUUUUUUUUUUUUCUUCUUUUUAUUUUUUACAAUAACGUCAUGAAUGUUCAUGAGGCGGAAGCUUUGCCUUCGAUGCGUUGUUGUGGUGCUGUACUCGACUGGUACACUGGCGUACUAGCAAUGACAACUAAACACCUAUCCGAUUAUAGCAUAACGUCAAAGAUGCCACUUAAUAUCACUGUCAAAA